GAAAGAAAGGAACCUCAUUCUACGUACGGCACUGGCCGCUUGCGGAGGUUCUCCUUAACACAGAAACGGUGCGAGAGACGCGUCACCAGGCGUUCGACGGCGUCGCUCUCGUUCAUUCUUGAUCUCGUUCACGUCUGCUGUGUAUCGUCGACAGUGUGCUUGUGAAUCGUCCGAUCGAUCGAUUUUUCGCGUUGGUGAUCGUGACCGUGCCCGAGAUCCUCCUCGAUCGGCGCGCCUGAAAAACGCGGACAAGCCUCUCGUGCCGAGAUACGCCGAAUUAGAUGAAACAUCAUGCUCAUGGCUUAGCUUCCGUCCGAUAAGUUAUAACAGAGGGGAGGAGAGCAAAAUGGUUCGAAUAAGUUCUUGCGAGAUUAUUCUCGUAGCACUUUUAUUUGUAUUAACUAUUGCAUCUAAUGCUGCAGAUCCUGAGUAUGCCAGGGACAGACUUCCAGUCAGAGGUCCAAUGAAGAGGAAGCAUCCGUGCGAACAAAGCUCUUGCUAUCCCGCGACCGGAAAUCUGUUAAUCGGUCGAAAAAGUCGGUUGACUGCAUCAUCCACUUGCGGUCUUAGGGGACCGGAAAGAUACUGCAUCGUUUCGCAUUUGAAAGACCGGAAGAAAUGUUUCUUCUGCGACGCGUCGUUGCCGAAACAACAACACAACAUCGAAAAUAUCGUCAGCGGAACUUGGUGGCAGGCGGAAAAUGGCGUGGAAAAUGUGAUGAUCCGUUUCGAUCUGGAAGCGGAGUUCCAUUUCACCCACCUUAUCAUCCGUUUCAAAACUUUCCGACCUGCGGCGAUGUUGAUCGAGAGAUCCUACGAUUUCGGCAAGACCUGGAAGGUUUACCGAUACUUCGCUCACAAUUGCGAGCAGUACUUCCCUCAGGUUUCCACGGAGCAACCUCAGAGACUGACCGACGUUAUCUGCGAGACGAGAUACUCCGGCGUGGCGCCGUCAACUGGCGGAGAUGUUAUCUUCAGAGUACUUCCGCGAAACUUAGAAAUCGACAAUCCCUAUUCGAAGGAAGUCCAAGACCUCUUGAAAAUAACGAAUCUACGGAUCAACAUGACAAGACUGCACACAUUGGGAGACGAUCUUCUAGACGAUCGUGCCGAGAUUCGCGAAAAAUAUUAUUACGCAAUUCAUGACAUGGUGAUCCGCGGAUCCUGUUCCUGUUACGGUCACGCGUCAAGAUGUCUUCCUCUACCAGACGUCUCACAUGAAGAAAACAUGGUGCACGGCAGAUGCGAAUGCACCCACAACACGACUGGCUUAAACUGUGAAAAGUGUCAAGAUUUUUACAACGAUUUACCAUGGAAACCCGCCGUGGGUAAACAGACGAACGCCUGUCGUCCUUGCAACUGUAACAACCAUACGCAAUCCUGUCAUUUCGACGAGACCGUUUAUGAAAGAUCGGGAAGAGUCUCUGGCGGUGUUUGCGAUGACUGUCAACACAACACUCGCGGCCAAAAUUGCGAACAAUGUAAACCAUUUUACUACCACGAUAUCACAAAGGACAUUUCGCAUCCUGAAGCUUGUCUGCCCUGCGAUUGCGAUUUGAGCGGUUCUUUAGAUGACGGUAUUUGCGACUCUAGAACCGAUCCCCUAAGCGGUGACGAGUCUGGCCGAUGUCACUGCAAAACGAACGUCGAAGGGCGUCGUUGCGAUCGCUGUAAGAAUGGCUUUUGGAACUUUGAUCCCGAGAAUCCCGAAGGUUGUCAAGCUUGCACGUGUAAUAUUCUGGGUACCAUUGACAACCGCGGAUGCAACAUGGUGACUGGCGAAUGUACUUGUAAGCGUUACGUCACUGCUCGUGAUUGCAACCAGUGCAUUCCGGGUUACUGGGGUCUUUCGGAAGAUCCAGAUGGUUGCAAGCCGUGUGACUGCGAUCCUGGUGGUUCUUACGAGAAUUCUUGCGACGUCAUGACCGGCCAAUGUCGUUGCAGACCUCAUAUCAGCGGUAGAACGUGUAAUCAGCCGGAGCAGAGUUAUUACACCGGGUCUUUGGAUUUCCUGAUCUAUGAAGGUGAGCUGUCCAGAGCUACUGAUAACUGUCAAGUGGUAAUCAGAGAACCCUACCGUGACGGAAGGAACGUUACCUGGACUGGGACUGGAUUUAUGAAAGCUUUGGAAGGUUCGACGUUGAAUUUCACGAUCGACGAUGUGAGGAAAACUUUGUGGUACGAAGUGAUCGUGCGAUAUGAGCCCGUUCAACCUGGACUCUGGGAAGACGUUAAGAUCAUCAUUGAAAGAGAGAGCCCGGUGGAUCCUAACGGACCUUGCGCUGAUGCGAGAUCGGAUUACGAUCAGCUGUGGGCGCAGUUACCUGUCAGAUCGAGAAGUGUCGUCGCUCAGCCUGCUGUUUGCCUCGAGGCAAGGAAACGAUACAAUCUUCUGUUGCAGUUCCGCAAAUUCAACAAUCAAAUGGACACGCCUUCCGCAUCCAUUUUGGUCGACUCGAUUGUUUUGAGGCCAAGAAUAGAAGCGAUACCUUUCUUCAAAGCACCAGGUAUAGGAGAAUUACGCCGCCAGGAAUACGAAAGAUACCAUUGCAGCGAAUACUUCAAUGAUAUUGCUACUAUGUGGACCAAUGUACCCGAAGUUUGUAAAAAGUACCAGAACAGCAUCGGUUAUUACGUCUACGACGGUGCCCAUUCUUGCGAGUGCAAUCCAACGGGGUCCCACAGUUUGCUUUGCGAGAAUUAUGGGGGCACGUGUCCCUGUAAACCCAACGUCGUUGGAAGGCGAUGCGACCGUUGCGCACCCGGAAUGUACGGUUUCGGUCCAGAAGGUUGCAUCCCUUGUGACUGCGACGGCGUUGGUGCCUUGGAUAAUUUCUGCGACGUGGAAACCGGUCGUUGUAAAUGCCGUCCCAACACCUACGGCAGGACCUGCGGUCAAUGCGAACCUGGCUUCUGGAAUUUCCCGCAUUGUCAACGUUGCGAGUGCAACGGUCACGCCGACAGCUGUGACUCGAAGACCGGCGCGUGCAUCAAGUGUCGUGACUUCACUACCGGGCACAAUUGCGACCGAUGCAACGACACUUAUUAUGGUGAUCCUAGGAUUGGCGUCGACAUUCAGUGCAGAGCUUGUCCUUGUCCAGGAACAUUGGACUCCGGCCACUCAUACGCAAAUAGCUGUUCCCUAGAUUCAGUUACUCACGAUGUUAUCUGCGAGUGUUUCGAAGGAUAUACCGGUCCUCGUUGCGAGAGUUGCGCAGAAAAUUACUUCGGGAAUCCCGAGGUACCUGGUGGCAAGUGCGAACCCUGCAACUGCAACAACAACACAGACCUACGUGUACCUGGAAACUGCGACCCCCAUACGGGUCGUUGUCUGCAGUGUCUGCACAACACUGACGGAGUUAACUGUCAGAUCUGUAAAGCGGGUUACUAUGGUAACGCUUUGACGCAGGACUGUGAAAUCUGCGAAUGUAAUCCGCUGGGCACUGACAGCGAAGCUGGUCCCUGCAACCAUCGAACUGGUCAAUGUCCUUGCCUGCCUCACGUGGUCGGUCAACUUUGUGGCUCCUGCGAAGAGAAUCACUGGAAAAUCGCCAGCGGGCAAGGAUGCGACGUUUGCAAUUGCGACGCGGUUGGCAGCCUUCAUGACAGGUGUAAUCCAUUCGAUGGCACUUGCGAAUGUCGACCAGGUUUCGGAGGCAGACAAUGCAAUGAAUGUCAGAUGAAUCACUGGGGUAACCCGAACGUCCAGUGUCAUCCUUGCGACUGCGACUUGGCUGGCUCUGCAAGCCAACAGUGCGACAGGGCCACCGGCAUGUGCGUCUGUAAAAAAGGAAUCGGCGGUGAAAAAUGCGAUCAAUGUGAUCGAGGUUACCACGGAAACGCCCCUCAAUGUAUACCAUGCGGCGAAUGCUUCGAUAAUUGGGACCUAACACUAACCGGUUUGAGAAACAAAACGAAUCUGGUGAUCGAAGAAGCGUCUAGAAUCCAGAAGGUCGGGACAACUGGUGUCUACAGUCAAGAAUUCGACGACAUGGACUCCUCUUUGGAGCAAGUGAAGGAAUUGAUUGGCAGUGCCUCUAUCGGAAGCCAAGACCUAGACGAAUUAAACGAUUUAGCAACCGCAUUGAGCAAAAAUGUAUCUGAUUCGGCGAAAGAGUUGGAGAAAGCGAAUACUCUUUUGGUGGAGGUCAGACAAAAAGUGAAUUUAGGAGAUGCUGCUCUAAAAUACUUACAGAAUAGGACGAACAAUUUACAUCAGACGGCUGCAGAUCUUAAAGAGAGCGCGACCAGAUUGCAAGAAGAGAACGUUCAGGGUGCGCUGAACGUCACUCAGCAAAUGGCUGAACAAUCCAGACAAGCGGAAAAAAUGGCGAACGAUACAAGCAACGUUUUGGCGGAUGCGGAGAGAUUCAGUAAACAUACGGAAAGUCUUUUAGCCAAGCAGAGCGUCUUCGUGAAUGACGUCCAGAAGGCGAAUAAAAACUCCUUGAACAAGAUAAAUGAGAAGUUGAGAGUGUUUAAUGAGAUUAUGCCCAGAUUGAACCUUCAGAUGUGCGGAGAUAAUGUAACAGAUUGUAGCAGCGUGUGCGGCGGAGCUGGUUGUGGAUUUUGCGGAGGAUUAUCUUGUGAUGCGGGAGCCGUGACCAAAGCUAAUCAAGCGUUGGAUGUUGCCAAGAAACAAGAGACUAAGAUCAAGACACAUAAGGAGGAGGCUGAACAAUUGCUACGCAAUAUGAUGCAAGUGAAGCGGGACGCGAUCACAGCUAGAUCAAACGCGCAGGACGCCUUCAACUUCGCCUGGAAUGCCCGCAACCUCUCCGACAACGUGACCAAAGAUCUGUCCGACAUAAACAAACGAAUAAAGAGCAUGCUGGACGAAGAGCAGCCGACGCCGUCGAUGGUCAGAGACCUGGCAAACGAAGUGCUCGCCAAAAACAUUCAACUGAGACCGGACGAGAUCAAGAUAUUGGCUGAACGCAUAAACAGCAUCGUCGGCUCUUUAACUGAUUCCGAGAAGAUUCUCGCUGACACCAGGAACGAUCUUCUCUUAGCGGAGCAAUUGAAGGAGCAAGCGAAUCAAGUAAAGGAGUACGCAACGGGUAACCAGACCCAAGCUAAUAAAGUGGUGGUGCUUUUGAACGACGCGCAAAAAGCUCAGAAUCUGGCACAAUUAGCGAUCGACCAGGCUGAGCGAGACGUGCAGAAGUCGGAAAAAGACCUGGAAGAAAUAGCAGAAGUGACGCAAGGUGCUCUAAUGCAGGCAAACAGCACCACCGAGACCGUAGACGCCUUGGAUGCUCGUUUGAAGCAAUUGCAAACGCAGUCACUGAGAAACGACUUUGUUCUAAAUCAGGAACUCAGCGUCCAGGCGAACAAAGUUGCCCUCGAGGCAGAGAAAGUCGACACAAAGACAAAGAAGCUCGCUGAAGAGUACAUGCGGGUGGACGAGUCACUGAAUCUGAGCGUGAACAAGAGCAAGGACAAUAUUCAGAGGGCGAAGAAGCUCCUGCAGCGAGCUUCCGAGCUAACUGUCGACACGAGCACGAAAUCUAAGGAUCUCGACGGCAUGGAGAGCGUCUACAGAGACAACGAGAGGAUGUUGUCCGAUUUAAUGUCGGAAGUUGACACUUUGACAGGGGAAAUAGCGAAGCAUCUCAUGGCAAUCGAACAAAAGGCGCGCCAGUACACGCAGUGCACUGCUUGAAAGUAAACAAUUAUUGAAUCAUCUUUUUCAAAUGAAAUAGGAAUUGUUUAACGUUCUUUUAUGAAACCAAGCUUCCCGAAACACGAGUGUUUCACUUGACAACUUUCAUUCCCGCGUUUCAUGCAUCAGCGGACGCAUUUUGAAGUUUUUUUUUAAAAUGUUUAUGGGAUGCGAGGUGAUAGAUUGUCUUCGCAUUAUGUAUAUUGAUAAACGUCGUUGCGGAAUAUUCAGUUUUAUCGAUGUUGAGCUCUCCAUAACGUUAUAAUUGUAUUUCGAUAGGAUAGAUGAGAUUAAGCAUAGAGAGUAAGUAAUUUAACAAACUUUUAUCAAAUGCAUUAUAUAAAUGUUUUUUUACGAUUUUGAAUUCGGAAGGAAGUAAUCACUUCAGUGCCAUAAUUGCUGACGAUGAGGAAACUUAAUUGUUAGAGACGUUUCAUAUAUCUAUAAAUAUUUAUGUAUAACGAUUUUCGAGGCCGACGGGCCAUUUUCAGAAAUAAUUUUCUAAAUAACAUAUAAAACGUUAAAAUAUAUCGAGGGAACAAAUCUUUCUGCAUUUAUUACAACAUAAUGAAUAUCGUUAUUGUAUGAAGAAUUUAAGGAUGCAAACAUUGAAUAUAAAAUAAUGUUUAAGUCAUUGAUCAUUUUUCUACUGUAGAAUUACCCAAAAUUUUGGAGCAUUUUAUAUACUUCCACAUGUUCACUCAUAUUUUAUUAUCGCACGAUUAUUAUCAACGAAAGUAAUAAUUACAGAAUUGCAAUUGCAAUUGCUUACUUUGAGAACCUCCCCUGAAACAGCCUAUAUAAAUUGAGAGUAUCAUUGAUCUGAUGAGUCAGAGAUGCGUGUUCGAAACGAACUGAUAACAACGUGAAUGCCUUUCCAUCCAGAGUGUUGUACAUUACUUUUAUUCAAGAGACAACUUUAAUGCAUUUUUAUUAAACGUUUAAGACAUUUCGGCCCAGCUAUGUUCAGAAUACAUCGUGAAAUUUUAUAAAUAGAAUUCUAAUUGAUCGAUUAAUCAAUAUCCCAGAAAAUAUACAUAACAAUAGUCUGCCAUUUAUAUUGCGAAUAAUAACGUUUUAGAUAUUAAUCCAACCGACUAGAAUUCUAUUUUUAAGUUCUUAAUAAUAAGUUCUAUCGAAUGUUUAAUGCACAGUAAAAUCGUGUUAUUAAACCAAAAAUUUCGUUUCACACAACAUAGCAUUACAAAAGCCUAAUACUACACAAGAGAUAUGACUGAAUCUAGUUAUAGCGCAAGGAUAAGCCAUCAAUUGUUUUAUACAUAACAAACUGAGUUUUUGUACUUAUUCCAUAUAUUUACGUCUCCAUUGGUAAAUGAGAUUUUACCAGACACGGUGCAAUAGUUAAUACGUCAUGGGUAGAAUUUUUAUUUUCAGUAACUUUUAACUAUCCCACUAUGCAGUUUCACCAAACUACGUACAAUCGCGAAUACGGUUGGUCAAUCCAAUUACACAGAUUGCACACAAAAAUGUACAAUAAAAGAAAAAAGUAUGAUGUUUAAAAUUGCAGUAGCUAUUAUACAAUUAUAGUACUGUAUUUCUUUGACCAGCCAUGAUUCUUCUCUUUUGCAUGCCUUUUAACAAUUACAUUCUAUAUGAUUUCAAAUAAAGGAAAACACUUUUACAAAAAAUGGUAAAAGAAAACAUUUGAGCAA